UGUGCCAGCCAAGAGCUAUUUCAUAUAAUAUUUGCCUGAUAUCUGUUUGCUCAGGGGGGGAUUUCCCACUUAUGUUUCUUCAGAUCUCUGAGAAGGACUCCCUUUUGUUUUCUGUGACCUGAAAAGAGCAUGCUUUGUUUUUGAAUGCCCUGACAAGGACUCCCUUUCCUCCCACACCCUAAGCAGAGGGUGCUUUUCUGCCACUAGUGUUCCCCACUAAUUUUCCACAAGACUGCAGGCCUUCCUUCCUGUCACCUCCUGGGGCCUCCUCCCCCUCCCUGCACAGACACAACAUAGAGGGAAAGGCAGGCACAUGCAUCCUCCCUACAUUAGCAUAGUUCAGGGUUACCAGGUUGGCAGGUUUUCUGUAAAAUUGAGCUACUAAUUUAAAGCUCAGGUGGGUUUGUACUAGCCAACAUUUUUCCCUCUAGUGUACCUCUCAACACUUUUAAAAAGCAAUGUUGUUGGUACAGGGAGUUCUUAGAAAUGAAGUACCUAAUCACCUUACAGUAAAUUACCUUUGGUACAAAUUGACAUUUGUGUGUAUUUCUCUUGAAUUAUUACAGUUGUUCCCCUGUGGAGGUUUAAGGGUUUCCUCCAGAAACAGAACCUUGUGUGUAGGCGACAAGUCUUCCCUCAUCUCUAAAGAGCACAGGGGAAUCCUCUGUGCAUAGAUUUACUAUGAAUCUACUCUAUACUCACGUGGGCGGCAGCUAUGAGAGAUAUUGUUGAGGUAGGCACAUUUUUUCCUCAAAGGGGUUUUUUCUCUUUAUGGGGGUGGUUUGAUCUUCCCUAGACAUAAGCCUUUGUAGUGAGGGCUUCGUUAUCAGUUCAUGAUAUAAGCUGACAAAAUAUUAUGCAGUUUGCUAAAUGUAUUCACCUCAUCUGAAGAAAGAGAUAUGGAAAUCAGCAAUAAAGAUGUAAUGGUUUUAGGUGGGCAAAACGGUAAUGAAUCUCAAGAUGCCGUUAAACCAUUUGGCACUCAGAUUGAAAAUGAAAGGUGUGAAAGUAUGGAGCUUAAUACAGCUAUCUGUAUGCAGAUUCAGAGGAACACUAUGUUGAAGAAAGGGGAAGAUACUCAGUCUGUGUCCAAACACCAAGCACGUUUUCCCAUUACUCUAUGUUCCCUUAAGAUUUUAAAAGAGGCAGAGCCAUCCUGUGAUCUCCAGGCACCAGAAAGUGAGUGCCUUAGGCAAACACCGAAGAACAGUAUGGCUAUUGAGGCCUAUCAACAGAAAAUCUAUAUGUUGGAGAAACAGAAGGCAGAGCUGCUUCACGUGAACAGGCAGUGGGAUCAACAAUUUAGAAAAAUGAAAUUGGUUCAUGAAACAAUGGUCUCACAACUGAAAUUGAAAUCAUCUUCAUGUCAAGGAGAAGACAUAUUUAAAGAAGAGAAGCCUUUAAAGAAUAAUAAGCAGUUGAAAGAGGGAGAAACUCUUAAUGUGGAGCUGCUUAACAUGAAAGAAGAAAAUCACUGGCUGAGGAAACAAAAUGCUUUGUACAGCAGGAAAAAGGAGCAAUAUAAGCAUGAAAUUAACCGCCUUAAUCAGGUUCUUGAAGCUAUAAAGAAAGACAGUUUACAGAAGUGCCAGGUGUGUUUAAAGCCAACAAAUAGCAACACAGAUUAUGAAGAACUAUUGACUCAGAAUGAGGUUCUCAAAGAGCAGAUUAAAAUAUAUGAAGAAGACUUUAAAAGAGAAAGAGCUGACAGAGAAAGAAUAAGUGAAGAGAAAGGGGAGCUACAGCAACUAAAUCAGUGGUUACUGUCCCAAUUCAGCAAGAUAAACACCGAGAAAAAAGAAAUGGCGCAUAAUAACCGAAGACAGCAUGUCCAGUCUCAGUUGUGCUGUCUGCCUACUGGGAAAUAUGGAAACCUUGAGCCCUUGGCACAGAAUGAAGACUGUGUAAACAGAACAUACCAUGAGUCCCACAAAAGGCAUUACACUCAUCACAAAACACAUGUUCCAGAUUACCAGUGGUAUGUUCCAGACCAGCUUCCUCCAGAUGUGCAGCAGAAGGAGAACGCAGCAAAAUUUCAACUAAAAUAAUUGACGACUUUGCUUUGGAACAUCCUGGCCUUAUAAUCAAGCUAUAUUUUGAAGUGAAGAAAAGCAUUUGAGAUUGGUGGGACCUUGUUGACACUGCUACGAUUGCCUGUUAUAUCCUUUGUUACCUCAGUGUUGGUAAUAUUCAUGCAUAAAAAUAUCAGUGAGGAAUUAAAUGUGUAACAAGCAAUAAAAAUAUCCCUAUUGAU